ACGGUCCGAUAUAUAGGGGCCUGCCAGACUCACCUCAAGGCAAACCUUGCGACAGACCCCUGAAGCUUGCUUUCACCUGGGUACUGACCACGACUUCUGCAACCGUCACUGCUGUCACGAUGAAGACCCUGCUGGUGUUCGCAAGUGUCCUGGGGCUGGCUUUGGCUGUGCCAACUAGAGAAGACCGACAAACAGCUUGUGUAGACGCCUUCGAGAAUGUUCCCAACAUCUGCUUGAAGAACCCGUUCAGUCAAGUGUACUUUGCGCAUCCCUCGGACGUCACCAAGUUCCUGCAGUGCGAUGUGUAUGGCCGGAUGUACGUCAUCCAGUGUCCUGCUGGCGAAGUCUUCGUGGUAUCGAGCAACAGCUGCCAACCACAUUCAGUCUCAGAAGUCCCGUCUGCUACGACUAAGCCAGUAAUUCUUCCCAUCAUCGGAGAGCAGUCUUCAGGCGCUAACCCAUGUACAGUAAAGGGGCAAGAGUACUACCCUGUGGCUGGCGACCGGACCAAGUUCGUCAAAUGCGAUCUUGUUGGCAACCCAAGCAUCAUGAACUGUCCAACAGAUCUUGUCUGGGAACAAAAGGUCAUAACGUGUGUCUACCCGUAUGAGGCCUUCCUGCUCGACUCCAGCCAAGGCCACUCGGGUGAAGGAAGCUCUGGCAUCAUCACUGACCCCAACAUUAAUGGUGCCGGGGACAGCCCCUGCACACAGAAUGCCAUUAGUGCAGGUCACUUCUACUUCCCACAUCCCCAGCCUGAAAAAUUCAUUCAAUGCGACCUCUGGGGUAAAGCUUACGUCAUGUCCUGCCCCAAAGGUUACCUCUGGAACGCCAAGCUUGUCACCUGCUACGAUCCUUUCCCUUGAACUUUCUGAAAAGAUCCCGGUAGAACACAGUGAAAGUGACUGUAUUUUCAAAAGUAACCAGCAUGUCUCUUACCUUUCUUUCGGAUUUCUUGAUCCUCUGGUCAAACAGAUUGAUCAUUUAUUAAAACAGUAUGUUCAAGUAGCUAACUCCCUAGGUAACUGCAAUAUAUUGGAAUAUCCAACGAACGAGACCAUCCUAUUUUUAGUAUCUGUUAUAUCUUAUUCUUGUCCUCAUGUUGAGCAUACUUGAAAACUCAGACGAAGAAAGACGCAGAAUCUUUACAUUGUAUCUGAUUUGUUACAACGAUGUCCGUGUUAUUAAAGAAAAAGAAGCAUGA